CCUAAUCAGCCCGCGAAAUCCUCCCACGUCUCUCUCUCCGGCACUUUGAGCCUCGUUUUUCUUUUGCUGUACAAUGAUACAGUCCCCUUAGCACUCUGCGUGCACCUCACUCUUUUCCCCGUCCCAUUUCCGGCGUCCGAGCAAUUGUACCUUCCGAAAGACGACUACCCGAAUUCCCGCCUUGCAAAGACAUCUGUGCAACGGCCUUCAGAAAAACCUGCCUGCGGCACAACAGAACUCGCGCCGUUCUCUGGCAUAGCUGCACAGCUCAGAUCCUCCGCGUGGUCUGCAGCACCACGAUGCCGGCCAAGUCGCGGUUCACUCGGCUCGAUGCCUUCACCAAGACAGUCGAGGAUGCACGCAUACGGACAACGUCGGGCGGUAUCGUAACCAUAGCAAGCUUAAUCAUCAUAUUAUGGCUGGCCUGGGGCGAGUGGGCAGAUUACCGGAAAGUUAUCGUGCGGCCAGAGCUGAUUGUGGACAAGGGAAGAGGAGAAAAGAUGGAGAUUGCAAUGAACAUCACGUUCCCGCGCAUGCCGUGCGAGUUGCUAACCUUGGACGUCAUGGAUGUAUCCGGGGAGCUUCAGAUGGGUGUUAACCAUGGCAUUAACAAGGUGCGCUUGUCGCCGGAGAGCGAGGGCAGCAAAGUCAUUGAGACCAAGGCAUUGGAACUGCACAAGGAGGAAGCCCAGCAUCUUGCACCCGACUACUGCGGCGAGUGCUACGGCGCCCCGCCCCCCGCGACUGCAUCCAAGCCCGGCUGCUGCAACACGUGCGACGAAGUGCGAGAUGCGUAUGCCUCGGUAUCCUGGUCCUUUGGCCGCGGCGAAGGCGUCGAGCAGUGCGAGCGCGAGCACUACGCCGAGCACCUGGACGAGCAGCGCAGGGAAGGGUGCAGAAUCGAAGGCAGCAUCCGCGUCAACAAAGUCAUUGGGAACUUCCACAUCGCGCCCGGCAAGUCCUUCUCGAACGGGAACCUGCACGUCCAUGACCUGGAGAACUACUUCAAGGAUGCAACGCACACCUUUACGCACAGGAUCCACCACCUGCGCUUCGGUCCGCAGCUGAGCGACGCCGUCAUCCAAGACAUGCAGAAGAAGCACCAGAACACGGGCCCGGGUGGCUGGACCAACCAUCACAUCAACCCCCUCGAUAACACGGAGCAGCACACGGAGGACAAGACCUUCAACUUCAUGUACUUUAUCAAGGUGGUAUCGACGGCCUAUCUUCCGCUGGGAUGGGAGAAGGAAGCGACACGGCCGAGCAAGCACGACGACCUGCUGGGCGCAACCAUUGACGGCAGUUACAAGGGCAGCAUCGAGACGCAUCAAUACAGCGUCACGAGCCACAAGCGCAGCUUGACGGGUGGCCCCGACGAGGAGGGAGGCCACAAGGAGCGCAUCCAUGCACGAGGCGGCAUCCCCGGCGUGUUCUUCUCCUAUGAUAUCUCACCCAUGAAGGUCAUCAACCGUGAAGUCCGCCCAAAGACCUUCUCGGGCUUCCUUGUCGGCCUCUGUGCCGUCGUGGGCGGCACGCUGACUGUGGCGGCGGCCGUCGAUCGCGCACUGUACGAGGGCGUGAACCGCGUGAGGAAGUUGCACUCGAAUUGAGGGGAGUGCGGGGUUGUAUAGGUUUUUGGGAUUUCGAAACCUGCCAUUAUCUGUCUGGUUUCCGGCGUUUGGGGCGCGAUCAACCAUUGUUUCUAUCAGGUUCAGCGCAAGAGGGGCAAGAAUGGGAGACGCGGGGAAGAAGCGAAGAGGGAUGAGGAUAUAUCAGGAUUGUUUGUGGGUUCUAGCGACGGGGUGCAUCUAUUUCUAUACUUGUGACAUAGAUGGAGAGAAGGGCGAAUGUGAAUGUGAUACCAU